AGGGAGCUCAACCCCGCAGUACGAGGUUAUUUGGAAACUCUCGGCCUCGCCAUUUUUUCACUCUCUCGCUAUCUUCUCUACAGAGCAGAGUCUGGCAGCCAUGGACGACCUUCCAUUGGAGAAGAUACAAAUCUCAGGACCCACCUUAGCCUCCCUCCUCCAACGCUUCUCCUUCUCUCCCACCGACCUCGACGGCCUCCUCUUCGGCCGCGUCACCCACAUCACCCCCUCCACCUUCUCCGACGACCCCACCACCCUCACCUCCACUGCCGCCGCCACUUCCUCCUCCGACUCCCCCACCCUCAUCGCCACCAUCACCUCCUUCUUCUGCUCCUCCUCCACCUCCUCCUUCUACUCCCCCUCCGGCCACCUCCACCUCCCCGCCCUCCUCCGCCUCCUUUCCUCUCUCCACCACCACAACCUCUCCCUCCUCGGAUGGUUCUCCGGCCGCCGCAAAACCCCCCUCCGCCCCUCCCUCCGCGAGUCCUCCGUCACGUCUUCUCUCUCCUCCAAGAUCCAAUUCUCUUUCCAAGUCCAAAACUCCCCCAAAUCCUACACCCUCCCUCCCUGCAUCUUCCUCCUCCUCACCACCCCUUUUCCAGACCAAUUGAUCCAUACCCAUGAAUACAAAGCCUAUCAAUUCCGAUUUUCCAACGAUUCUUUCGACCCUAAAACCCUAGAUGUCGUCAAUAUUGGCCCUGCGUUUCGCGGCCAUUAUGGUGCGUUUUCCCCUAAUUCUCCGUUUCCGAUGCUGCCUUGUGAAUUGAGGGGAGUGAGUUCCAUGGUGGUGGAGGAUGGAAGGGUUGAGAGUGAGAGCUUGAAGAGUGUGAAGAGGGUUUCUAAGGAUCAGAAGGAAUUGGAUUUGUGUGCUGAGGAAUUUGAUGUUGGGCGGUUGAGUCGGUUGAUGGGUCCGGAAGCUUCGAAUUACACGGGAGAGUUGGAGGAUUUGUAUAAGAAAAUGCUUGCCAAGGUUGAUGGAUUGGCUAGGCUUGUGGAGAAGAGUUCAGCUAGGGUUUUGGAACAGGAAAAUCACAAUAUGAAGUUGAGAUGCAAAGUUGCCGGCUUGGAAUAGUUGGUUGUUACUUCUUCGUGUACUUUUGGUUAUGUAAGAUUUAUCUGAGCAGGAAAGUGCCCAAUCAGAUCUUGCAGCGUUGAAUUGUGAAAACUCCAACAGCUACACAACUUCUAUUUGUUCUUCAUGUGGUCGGAGUCGGUGUUUUUGGUGGUUUUUGUGCUGAUGGUGGCUUCUUCUCUGCCUGUAUUUGCAGGCACACCUGUGCUACUAUAAUUUGCGUUCUGCUUAUUGGCCUUUUCCUGAUUUUGUUCAUCCUUGCCAAUGGCUUUUUAUAUGUUCUCUUCCUGAUUUGAAGUUUGUAUGUGAAUUUAACAAAGCUAUAGUGAAUGGAGAAAUGGAUUGUAUGGUGUUUUGUUCCAUUUGCUCA